GCGGCACAGGCGGUAGAGAGGCAGUUUAAAUGCUCUUUGCGCCAGUCUGUACUUAUAUUAAGCUUCGCAAAGGUGAACAUUGGUAAUAAUAUCAGAAAGAAAAGAUGUCAAGUGAAAGGCCACUUCAAGAGCUCCCGUGUCUAAACGAGAAUUUGGAGGGAUCGGUCUUCAGGCCUUUGAGAAGUAAAUUGAAACGCAGGCCCUCAUGCGGCGGGGGGCUUGACAGUGAAAACACUCCGCACGAGCUUAUCCAGCAGUGGUCACCCCCACACAAAAAGCCCGUGAUUUCUGUUAAAGGGAAAGAAAACGACGAAAAUGUGUUUGUUCUUGGCAGACGUCCCAGAAAAAGGAGAGAAUCAUCAGCUGGCUUGUGUUGGGACAGUCUGCCAGACGAGCUUCUGCUGGGGAUCCUGUCUCGCCUCUCAUUGCAAGAUCUUCUCAGAACGUCUCGAGUCUGCAAGCGCUGGCAUCGUCUUGCGUUUGAUGAAUCUUUGUGGCAAAGUGUGGAUUUGGUGGGAAAAGCUCAGUUAGACGGUGAGCUUGGACUGGUACUCUCAGCUGGAGUUUUGAGGCUGCGCUGUCCACACACCUGCAUCGGCCAACCCGCAUUUAAAAGUACAAAACAACUUCGUGUCCAACAUAUGGAUUUGUCAAGCUGCACAGUAGAAACCUCUGUUCUGGAACAAAUUGUGUCUCGCUGCACACAUCUAAAUAAUAUUAGCCUUGAGGGCCUAGUGCUCUCUGACAACAUUAUUUGCUGUCUAGGUCAGAAUACUGAGCUUGUCCGGCUGAACUUGUGUGGCUGUUCUGGUUUCUCUCCCGAAUCUCUGGCUGAAUUGCUGAAAUCAUGCAAUCGACUUGAAGAAGUAAAUGUAUCAUGGUGUGAUUUCAGCAGUGUGCAUGUUCAGGCCAUUUCAAGCAAUAUUCUCUCCAGUGUCACUCAACUGAACAUUAGUGGUUACAGACAGAACCUAACCAUAGAAGAUGUCAAGGCUAUAGUAGAAAGAUGUCCUAACCUCACAAAUCUAGAUUUAAGUGACAGCGUCCUUUUGACAACAGACAGUUUCCCAUUUCUGCAGCAGCUUUCCUCACUUAGACAUCUGGGACUGAGCCGUUGUUAUCAGAUUCACCCAGCUUCUCUCAUUGACGUUGAAAAGUUUCCAAAUUUGCAGACCCUGGAGGUCUUCGGGCUAAUACAGGACAGCUAUCUGCCCAUUCUGUGUAAAGGUCUUCCACACAUACAGAUCAACACACAACCUUUCUCUACUGUGGCACGUCCUACUGCAGCUACAAAGAAGGAUCGUACUCUUUGGGGAAUGCACUGCCGGCUUCAGUACAAACAUUGAUGUUUUAAUUCCAGGACAAUAACAGGGUUAAAAAAAAGUUUUUAAUGGUUCAACUGUUGCUCCCAAGAUUAAUUGUUUUAACUGUCUAAAUUGAGGACCUCCUCCUUUAUUUAACACCUUGAGUAUUGCUCGAGGCAGCAAUAGUGUUGAAGAUCCUGACAAUCUUGAAUCAAGUGGCAUUUUAGUCAUUUACAUGGCAGUGAAGGUAAUUUAAUUCUUCACAAAGUAAAAAGUGAAUAGCCAGACACAGGAUGAUAUAAUGUGAAUUAAUGUUUUUAUAUCUUAACUUGACCACACAUUAAAUUGAGAUAUUUUUCCUUUAAAUGAUUUGGUACGAAUAGAUGUUACAUUUGACAUAUGGUAAUUAUUUUGUCAACUGAUAUGUGUUGCUUGAAAAGAAAUUUAGAAUCAAGAUUUUGUAUGAAUAGUUUAUGGUUGAAUUUUAUACUGUACAGAAUUAAAAAAGCAACACAUAUGAAAUAACCAGGUUCAAAAAUGCUUUCGCAGCUAAGAAAAUAUGGUGAAUCUUUAUUCCAUUUCCUGACCAAUGAGCAUUACAAAAUAUGAAUGUUGUAAAUCUUGUCAAGAAAAAUGUUUUUAUAAAUUGUUUACAUGGUUUGAAUUGUAAAUAAAUGCAUUGCAUUUUAUUUAAA